CUAAUAAUAGGUUUGUUUUCAUUUAUAAAAUCGUGGACCUGAUUUAGUAAAUAUCAUGGCUUAUAAUCCAUUAAGUGAAGCGGAAAAGAUAUUUAUUCUGCAUGGUGUUCAGGAUGAUUUCAGGAACGAUGGAAGAACAAGAAAUGACUUUCGUCCAAUGGAGCUUCAGACUAACGUGAUUGCUAGUGCAAGUGGCAGUGCUCGAUUCUGUAUAGCUAAUUCAGAUAUUCUUGUUGGAAUUAAGCCAGAGAUUGACAUCCCAUCACCAAAUAAACCAAAUGAAGGAAAAAUUGAAUUUCUCGUUGAUUGUUCAGCAAAUGCACUUCUGGAUUUUGAAGGAAGAGGAGGCGAGGAGCUUGCUUCAGAAAUUACUAAUUGCCUUAAAUUGACAUAUUCAUCUCCUUAUGCUUUUGAUUUAAAAUCCCUCUGUAUCCUACCGAAAUUUCAAUGCUGGAAGCUUUAUGUUGAUAUCUUGAUCCUGCAAUGUGCUGGAAAUCUUUAUGAUGCUAUAUCAUUGGCAGUCAAAUGUGCAUUGUACAAUCUUAGGAUACCAAGAGUAACAAGUGCUUUAUUGGACGGUGGAAACGUCGAUUUAGUUCUAUCUGAUGAUCCUUCUGAUUGUGAUCGAAUUAAUGCAGAAUCACUGCCAAUUCUCAUGACAGUUUGUAAAAUUGGAGAUUAUUGCAUCGUUGAUCCAUCAAUUGAUGAGGAAAACUGUAGCACAUCAAGUGCUGUCGUUGGAGUUUCUGGAAACAAAAUUACGACGAUUAAAACAAUUAGUGGCGGUUCCUUUCAUGCUGAUACUUUAAACAACUUAAUAGACUUAACGAUCACAACAGCAAAGUAUUUAAAUGAAAAGUUAUUGAAGUCGCUGAAACAAGAGGAAAGACAAAUGGAAUCAAAUAAAAUUCAAAAGUGCUCAUUUUUAAAUUAA